AUGCUUCUGAUAGAAGAAAAGUAUAGGCCGGUUGCUAAAAUCUUGUUCUCCUCAGGGACCUGUCCAAGAUGUGUCCUUCGCUUAUGCUGUGUUGGGUUCCCAACUCCGUACCGCCUUCCAUACCAGGAUCUGUUGGAAGAGCUGCGGAAGUUCUUGACUCCUUGCGGUGGAAGCGCAGCUGACGGUGACAAUGCUCCUCCAAAUAAGAAGUCUAGACUAGAUGACUCUGAUGGCUGUUAUGCUGAUGAAGUGCAGAGCGUAGAGGCCCCAGAAACCUGUAAUUUGUGUUUGGGGAUUUUACAACACCUCUGUGAUGCUGAGUUUGUUAAGAAGACCUUUCAUAAGGUCCAGUCUGCAGGUUAUGAAUUUAAAGACUUCAUUUUCUCAGUGUCUUUGCCAGCACAGCUCUUGGUGAGAGAGCAUUGUGCAUGGCUGCAAGCACAACAGGAAAUGAGGAAGUAUGGCCGUGUCUUGGAAAAAGGGGACAUAAUCCAGCUAAAGGAAGCUUAUAAAUGGAUAAUCCACCCCUUGAUUUCCAAUGAAUUGGGGGUCCAAGCUGUGAGCAAGAGUGCAUUUGAAGUCGGGGUGGUGUUUUGUCACCAAGAAACUGAUGAGGACUGCCACUUCCUAGCCACAGUGUGCAAGGACUGUUUCAAACCUGCUAAGAAUAAACAAUCUGUCUUUACCAGAAUGGCAGUUGUAAAAGCUCUAGAGAGGAUAAAAGAAGAUGAUUUCUGGAGACAGUUCCCAUGGCCCCCAUCUUUCCCAAAGACAGCCUGUGAAGUUGUGGACAUGCAGUGUAAUCAUGCUUCAGUUUUUGUGGCAGGAAGAUACAAUAAGUACUCCCGGAGUUUACCACAGACCCCUUGGGUUAUUGAUGGAGAGAGGAAGAUGGAGUCUUCAGUAGAGGAGCUGAUAACAGAACAGCUUAUGGUGCUUUUUAAAGCUGACAGCUUUAACUUUUCAUCUUCUGGAAGGGAAGAUGUGGACGUCAGGACUCUUGGUAGAGGAAGACCUUUUGCAGUUGAACUUGUAAAUCCUCAUAAAGUCCAGUUUACCAAACAAGACAUGAAAGAUCUUCAGGAGAAAAUAAACCGUUCUGACAAAAUCAAAGUGCGAGAUUUGCAGAUAGUUACCAGGGAGGCAGUUUCUCAUAUGAAGGAAGGGGAGGAAGAGAAGACAAAAUGUUACAGCGCUCUUAUAUGGACAGAAAAACCCAUCAAAAAAGAAGAUCUUCAGCUUCUAGAUGAUGUUAAGGAGUUGAAGAUUGUACAGAAGACUCCUCUUCGUGUUCUUCACCGGCGGCCUCUGGCUUCAAGAAUACGACUGAUUCAUACCAUGAAUACGGAAUAUGUGGAUGAGCACUAUUUUCGACUGUAUUUAAAGACACAAGCCGGGACCUAUAUAAAGGAAUUUGCACAUGGUGACUUUGGGAGAACAGUUCCAAAUAUUGGGUCACUUAUGAAGACUACUGCUGAUAUCUUGGAGCUGGAUGUGGAGGUUAGUUUGUUUUGUUUUAUCUUUUGUUUGUACCGUGUUCAAGUUUUAUAUAGUAUGGUAUGCAGGAAAUGGAAUACUUGA